GGGAGCGGAAGAAAUGGGAGGAAGCCAUGGCGGCAGCGACGGCAUCACUUAUAAGGGCUAUACACUUCACGGACCGAAGCGUUGGCACGUCGUCACCGGCAAGGGUUUAUGCGCCAUCAUGUGGUUUUGGGUUUUAUACCGAGCUAAGCAAGAUGGUCCUGUAGUAUUGGGAUGGCGUCAUCCUUGGGAAGGACAUGGGGACCAUUCUCAUGGUCAUGACAAUGAACACGAGGCUUCGCAUUAGAGUUCACGGAAAUGGUGGAAUUUAAACGCACAUUGAGCUGAUCCAGAUGAAUAAACUGGGCUUGUAGGUCUGGACUCUUUGAACCUCUGCUUCUAACAUUCAUGCUUAAUAUGCUUUAUUGUUCAUCUGUAGCUUUAUACAAAUGUUCCUACAUUGUUGGGAUAAAAUUGAUGAUGA